GGUAAGUGUCAAGUCUUAAGAAUUCAAUGCCGUAAUUGUCAUUGUAUCGUAAUUUGUAUUAAUUUAAUGCGUUGCCCUACGGUCUGUGUCGCAGGUGCGUACGGUGGUGAGCGCCAUCAAGCGCCGUGCACUAGAGGAGCCUGGCGUUGCCCCCGAGACCAUCAUUCGGGCGGGACUUCGCCAUGUCGUCGAUCCGGAGGUGCAGCUAGGACUACCAGAGCGUCCUACUCUUCGGCGGUUGGUGAACCGUGCACAAAACGCCGCACGCCCCGUGAUGCCGAGCAACCUUGUGGACAUCGUCAUCGUGGAGCCGUAUACCACGACGACAGCUGGCGAGCGGUUCUUGCAGUUCGACAGUGGGCCGGGCGACGAGGACAGGAUUUUGAUUUUUACCACAAGAGAAAAUCUAAGAAUACUGUGCAUGAGCGCGAUACUCUUCGCUGACGGUACUUUCAAAACUGUACCGAAUAUGUUCCUGCAAAUGUACAGCAUCCAUGGAGAAUUCCACGGCCAUGUUGUCCCCCUCGUCUUCUGUCUGACGGUACGCAAAAAUGAAGACACGUACCGGAGGAUGUACUCGGAGCUCGUCCGCCUGUGUGAGCAGUUCCACUUCCGUCUGCAUCCAACCAUCGUCAUGCAAGACUACGAGCUGGCUGCGAUGAAUGCUGCGAAGGCCAUUUUCCCCAACGCCCAAAUCAAGGGGUGCCUAUUUCACUUCUCACAGUCUAUGUGGAGAAAGCUUGCCAGUUCAGGUCUGCGCGAUGCCUUCGUUGACCGAGACGACUCCACUAUCCGCGACAACUUCCGGGAGCUGCUUGGCCUGGCCUUUGUCCCUAUCGCGGACGUUGAGAUCCGUUUCGAAGAAAUUAACAGAGAUAUGCAUCGGGACAUGGAACCAGUUGUCAAACACUUGGAGAAGACCUACAUACGCGGGGAAGCUCCCCCACGAAGAGCUACUCGCAGAAGAGCUCCUCCUGCCCCCGUUGCUCCCCGGUUCCCGCCUCCGACGUGGAACGUCUACGACUUGGUGCGGGACGGCCAGCAGCGCACAAACAACAAUGUCGAGGGGUGGCACGGCCACUUCCAACGCAUGGUGGUGGCGCACCACUUAAACCUGUGGCGCUUCCUGGGAGAGUUGCAGAAAGAGCAGCACGACCAGGAGCUCAAGCGGAAUCAGCUUCUUGGCGGCCACAGGAUCAAAGAUCCGCUGCCAGCCAUCCAGAAGCGGAACCACGGCAUGAUCGAGCGGAUGGUCGACCAGUACGAGUUGUACAUCAGGGAGGGGCGCCUGGGCGAGUACCUGAGGGGCAUCUCGUACCGCCUAAAAGUGAACACAGCUGUUCUUCCAGACGACAGCGACGAAGAAGAAUAA